GGCUUGGAGCAGCCGGCUCCCCAAACCCAGAGUGGUGGUCGUGGGAAUAGCGGGAGCCGGCCGCGACCCCGCCGGUUCAAGAGCUCCGCUAGCCAAGAUGAUGAACCGAGGCUUCGGCUCGGCGGCCGAUCGCAACAAGGAGCCCAUCCUGGCCGUCCUGCGGGGUUACGUGGGAAGCAGCCGGUCCCGCGUGGAGGCCCUGGAGGUGGCCUCGGGCUGCGGGCUCCACGCGGCGCAUUUCGCCCAAGCGCUGCCCAACGUGGAGUGGCAGCCUUCCGACGUGGAUCCCCAAGCCCUGGCCAGCAUCUCAUCGUUUAUCCAAACUCUCCACCUCUCAAAUGUCAAACCGCCCAUCUACCUGGACUCCUCUCAGAGCUGGGAGACCUGGGGAGGUCUGCGUCCAAAUUCUUUGGAUCUCAUUGUCAACAUCAACAUGAUUCACAUCUCAGAAAUGAGGUGCACCCAGGGCUUGUUCCAGGGAGCCGGGAAACUACUCAAACCCAAAGCAGUGAUGAUCACCUACGGACCCUACGCGGUGAAUGGUUCCAUCACUCCACAGAGCAACGUGGAUUUUGAUUACAGGUUGAGGCGGAGCAAUCCAUCUUGGGGACUCAGGGACACAGCUGUCCUGCAACAGCUUGCUGAGGCCAACGGGAUGCAGCUGGAAAACAUGGUCGACAUGCCGGCAAACAACAAGUGCCUCGUUUUCCGCAAACACUAAGUCGCCGGACUGCUGUCUCCAAUGAGAGAAGUUCAUGGACCACUUCAAGAUGCGGCGGAUGUCUUCUUCUCCUUCUGCAGGAUUCCUUCCGCUUCUCUUCCUGCUGAGCUCUGCUUCUUGACACAUCCAUGAGGAAGUCCUUAUGAGGUGGUGGGACAAGUGCCAUAAUUAAUUCAUAGCUGUAAACUUUGCGGAAGAAACUGUGGUCCAGCAGAGAUGGUCGGUCAUGUUGCUCUUGACUUCUUUUGGUGGAGAGAUAGGGUGUUCAUGCCCCUUUGGAGUUGAGGGCUAGAUGCUUGCAUCUUUGGACAAAGGAAAGAUCGGGGACCACUGUUGUCCAUGCAAUGGCUUGACCAGUGUGGUCGUGUACUUAUCUGCCUUGGACAUAAUGCUUCAGAAUUAGUUUUGACUUCCCAGGUUGUGGCACUCGCAUCACAAAAUUUAGAGGCACCCCCUUCAGCCUCAAGAAACAGGGUAUGUUCCCAGGGUACAUUAAACAAACUCAGUUAACAGGACCCUCUCUCUAAUUAAACCUUUGGCUGCCAGCUGCGUGGCGGCUUGGUGGUCCUCCAUAACAACUGCCAGUUUGGUUGGAUUCGGAACGCUGCUCCUAUAACCAAGGUUUGAAAUCCUGGGGUUUCAAAUUCAGGAUGCCUUAAACGUCUGUGGGUUUUGAUUUGGAAAAUAUGGCAAGCCACAAAUCCAGGGGUGAAAUGCUCCCGGUUCGGACCGUAUCGCCCGAUCCGGUAGCGAUGGCGGCGGGUGGUUCGGAGAACCGGUAGCAAAAGUCCCUGCGCCCCCCCCUCGGCCGAAGAGGUUGCAGAAAAAAAAAUGCUUUUAAAAGCCUCUGCCGAUCAGGCAACUCAGCUGGGAUCGUCAGAGGCUUUUCAAAGCAUUUUUUUACCACCUCUUUGGCUGAAGAGGUUGUAGGAAAAAAUGCUUUAAAAAUAAAAUUAAAAAAAGCCUCUGAUGAGGUAGGCGGGGUAAGUGAGCGGUGACCGAGCUGGGGACCAGUUCGGGGGCGUGGCCAGCCAAUGUUAUUACCGGUUCUCAGAACUUCUACAAAUUUUUACUACCGGUUCCUGCAAACCGGUGCGAACCGGGAGCAACCCAUCACUGCCCUUGUCCUCCUGCCAUGAAAUUUUGGUAGGGGACUUCCCCCCCUCACACACACUUCUUCCUAAUUACAAAGAUGAUAUUACAUCAGGCCAACACUUAAUUAAACCUCAGAACUAGUGAACCAGAGGUGGUAUUAAGCCGGUCCAAUCGUGGAAAUCGUGGGUGGGCCCGCACCUCGGCUCUAUGCCAUCCUAUUUAAGCAUGUUUUUGAGGCCAGGAGCAUGCAUGGAAGGCUGGAGCGUGCGCGGACCGGGCGCAUGCGUGCAUGAAGCAAGUGUGUGCGUUGCAAACUGGUAGUAACAUAAUAUGAAACCCUCCACUAGGUGAACCUCGAUAUUUCAUGCUGUUGGUACAAUUUAAAACAAUGUCUAUCUUGGUUACCUUUGAGGAGAUGAGGACUUCAAGAUUCCCCCAUGUUUAAAUCUUUAAAACCAUGAGCCUGAUGUUGAACCAGCGCAUGACGCAUUAGAUGAAUCGCAAUGCUCUCAAGUUCCUUUAAUGCAAACAUCUGGCUUGCAAGUUUGGGCAGCCUGGAGGUUUGAGCAUCCUUCUGCGUGAAUAUUUCCUUUCCUGUUAGAACACCCGCGAGAAAGACAGGGCUGGUUUCGACCAACCGUCUGUCUAGAUGUGUUGGAGUGCAGUUGAUUUUCAGAUUUUUGUCUUGUAAUCCAGUAGAUCUGGAUGGCUGUUUUUUUUUUUUUUUUUAAAUCUUGUCCCAGUUUUCUGCAGGGAUGAGAAGUUGGUUGGUUUGCUUUCAAACAUGGCAAAUUGCACACCGCUUCACGUGUGAAGAGGGAUAACUUCCAAACUUUUUUUGCUCGCAUAACCAGAGGUGGAAUUCAGCUGGCCCCGCCCACCCGCCUCCGGCCCAGUGGUGAAAUCCAAAUAUUUUUACUACUGGUUCUGUGGACAUGGCUUGGUGGGCGUGGCUUGGUGGGCUUGGCGGGCUUGGCAGGGAAAGGAUACUGCAAAAUCUCCCAUUUCCACCCCACUCCAGGGGAAGGAGUCUGCAAAAUCCCCAUUCCCUCCCCACUCCUGGGGGAAGGAUACUGCAAAAUCCCCUUUCCCUCCCCACUCCUGGGGGAAGGAUAUUGCAAAAUCUCCAUUCUCUCCCCACUCUGGGGCCAGCAGAGGUGGUAUUUGCUGGUUCUCCAAACUGCUCAAAAUUUCCGCUACCGGUUCUCCAGAACCUGUCAGAACCUGCUGAAUUUCACCCCUGCUCCGCCCUAUCUUGUCCUUCCUGCUUUCUAGCUCAUCUCAAUUGCGCGGCACAGCUGAUUCCACUCCUCUCUUCUACUUACCAUUGCUGACUUGGAAGGUAAGCAGCUGAGCUUCUAAAUGCUCCGUUUUCAGCGCAAAGUGCACGCUCACUGAACAGGUUGUUAAACCAGCAACAUUCCACCACUGCACAUAACUAACUGCUUGGGUUUAUUGUUUACAAUCCAGUGCUAUUCACGUGUCCCUAGGCAGAUUAGAGUUACCUUUAAAGAUGAUAAGUGAUUUUUAAUUUUUUUUCUUGCACCCUCCUUUCAAUUUUUUUGUUUCUUUAAAAAAAAAGAGAGAGCGAUUAUGAUUUUUUUUCUAUGUCCAGGGGAAGAAAAUUAAAUUUGUAUGUAGAAUACUAUCUCCCUCUAGUGGCGAUGUGUGGCAUGUAGAAUACUAUCUCCCUCUAGUGAUGUGUGGCAUAUCCAUAUUUCUUAUUUGGAUGAUGUGAGAAUGCUCAAAAAAAGAGCCUUGGCUAAGAAUCAAGGUAACAGCAUCUUACAUAAUCUGUGUUGCAUUUGGGUGCAAAUAAAUACAACGUUUUGGCAUUACUUACACAAA